AUGCCAAUCUGCCUUCCUGAGAAGAACCAAGUUUUUGACAACCGAACCUGCACUGCCACCGGAUGGGGAUAUUUAAAGGACAAAUCUAUGGGUGGAGGAACUGUUUCCAACGUUCUUCAGAAGGUGGAUUUGCCCACAGUUCCUUACAAUGAAUGCAAGAACGACUACAGGAACGUGAACACGGUGGUUGAGGAGACCAUGAUCUGCGCUGGUCCCAAAGAGGGCGGAAAAUCGGCUUGCCAGGGUGACUCCGGAGGACCUCUUCAAUGCUCGAGGUCGGACGACCGCUACGUCCUCGCGGGGUGCACAUCUUGGGGUACUGUAUUUGGAAAGGCAAAUCAGCCAACCGUCUUUGCCAGAGUAUCGACACAACUGGACUGGAUCGCAGCGUCGCUGGAACGACACCAUGAGUCUCCGGCAGCUUUCUGGCCUCCAUGUUUCGCAAGAAUAGACCCGUGUAAUCAUAGUGUGUGGCCUUGUUUUAUUGACCUGUUCUAA